ACAAUAUAUUUUGAAGUGGCCGACUCAAUUGUCGCUCAUGUCAACAUUGGAUGAGCCUUUACCAAGCGAGCAGAGCGCAGUGUACGAGAGCGAGGGCCCCUGCAGUUCGGUGAUGACGCUCAGAAACCGUAAUCUUCGAUUUGACAUGUGAGGGCAGCUAGCUCCAGAGGCUGGUAACCUGCCUAAGCUAGCUCCAGGCAACCGGUUAGAACUUAGGCACAAUCAAUAAUUUCCCCACAAUUUCAAAAUGCUCGAGAGUUUGUUCGCCUCGCCUCUCCACUCCCCUGACACUCUUUCUCGUUCUCUACCUGCCACUCUUUUCUUCACUGCAUGAUGCUGUUUGCAUCCUCACUCAUUCCUUUGGUUUUUUCACUCGCGUCGUUCGUUGUUGCGUUAGAUCAUAGUUUAGUGCCGCUUCAGGCGCUAAAGGAGCGAUUCCAUGAUUUUCAAAGAUCACACUUCAAUGGACUUAUAGGUUCAUCUCGCCAUCGCCGCCGUCUUAAGACACGAGCUGCAUCGCUUCCAGCUGGCUGGUCAUUGCUAUCAUGCCUCACGGACAACACCUCGAACCGUGUUUUGACUGGUUAUUCGUUUACUUCUUCGAGUAUGACGCCUCAGCUCUGCGUUAAUACAUGUGCGGGGAAAAGCUUCAUCAAGGCCGGUGUGGAGUAUGCGCAGGAAUGCUACUGUGGCAACGCUACCGUAACUUCCUCCUCUCCUUCUACUGGUCAGCCCGCCCCUGCAAGCGACUGCUCGAUGCCCUGUGCCGGAGAUUCAACUCAGACGUGUGGCGCUGGGUAUAGAAUAGCCAUUUAUACAUACACCCAGCCGCUUCCCCCUGGGUGGUCUUCGCUUGGUUGCUACACUGAUGACACGAACAACAGAGCUCUGAAGGGAUAUUCUACAUCGGUAUCGUAUAACACACCGGGUUGGUGCAUCAAUACCUGUGCAUCCCAGGGAUACACUUAUGGCGGCGUCGAAUUCGGCCAAGAAUGCUAUUGUUCGAACUCCAUUACUACAACGUCGACCACUGGCGUUGCUACAUCAGCUUCAGACUGUUCCAUGCCAUGUUCUGGGGAUUCGUCUCAGAAGUGUGGGGGUGGUAAUCGUAUCGGUAUAUACAAAUCUUCUUCGUCAACGUCUGGUUGGGGAUUAUUGGGGUGUUACAAUGACGACACUAGUAAUCGAGCGCUCAAGGGGUAUUCUACCUCUUCAUCUUCCAAUAGUGUCACAUCGUGCGAGUCGACGUGUCAGGCUCAAGGGUUCAAAUAUGCUGGAGUUGAGUACGGACAGGAGUGUUAUUGUUCUAACAGUAUCACUACGACUUCUAUGACUGGCACAUUACAAUCUCCGAGCGAUUGUAACAUGCCAUGUUCGGGAAACUCGCAACAAAUCUGUGGUGGAUCGUACCGAAUCAAUAUUUACUCCUUCUCAGGAACCUCCACUCCUCUCUGGACACGCUUGGGUUGUUUCACAGAUACAUCUUCCCCUCGCACCCUUGGUUCAUAUUCUACUCAAUCAAACUCCAAUUCCCCUACGUAUUGUACGAGUUUAUGUGCAGGGAUGGGUUAUUCUUUCGCAGGAGUGGAAUAUGGGAGAGAAUGUUAUUGUUCGAAUAGCGUUACGUGGACUUCGGGUGCUAGUCAACCUACUCCUGAUAGUGAUUGUUCAAUCCCAUGUACGGGGUUGGGGAGUGCCACUUGUGGAGGUGGGUAUAGGAUUGAGAUAUAUGCGCCUUCUGGGUACUCGACGUCUAGCUCUUGGAAUAUGAAACAGAAUUAUGUGAGUUUAUAGGGGGAAUGGGAACGCUUGAGCGGUUUGGGGGCUGAUAUCGUGAGUUUAGACUGGAAGCAACUUCUUUAAUGGGUGGACGUUCUUUACCUACGCGGACCCCACACAUGGCGUC